AUGCCCGUGCAUGCAUUUGAUUUAAGAAUUGCGGUACAGAGAGAAAAAUGGCUAGACCUUGGAGCAUCUGAAGGGGUGAAUGAAAUGAUUUCACUGGAUGGCUCGCGAAUUUUGGAAGACCAGAUGGUGAUGGCUUUGUGUGAAUCCGUUACCGACGAUCGAUAUUUCGCAAAGACGUCUAAAAUCAAACAAAACGCAAUCAAAGUCAAAAAGCGCCGUCAUAUUGCUGGCGACAUUAGAUCAGUGCGUCGCUCGUCAAUAUGGUAUCUCCUUAUUCCAACGAGAGGGGCAUGUUUUACGACCCAUCAAAACACAUUAAACGAGUUAUGGAUCCUCAGGGGCGCGUGCAACGGGUUCAAAUUUAAACUUGAACACUUGCAGUCGACUGAUUCGUACGGCCAGCCAAUCCGGUUCUUCAUAAAAACAGCUUCAAGCACAAGGCUAGGGUGUGCUCAGUCCCAACUGAACGAAAACAAAUUUGAGGCUAUAGGAGACACAUACCACAUCUCGACCAAAAGCAAAGAGUAUGCGGAAAARCACGUAUCUUUUGGCGUGCCUUUCUUGACGGACAAUGAAAUGCAGGCUGCUAAAACGAAGGAUUAA